CAACAAUAUAUCUGUAUACUUGACCGCUUCUUCCUACGGCUUGUCGAAUGAUGAAGAGACUUUGUGCUGCAUUGCUCGUGCUGAUUUUCUAUGAGGUGAAUAUAUUUUAAAAAAAUAUUUAUUGGAUUUAUUUAUUUUAAAAAAAUCAAUCUACAUUUCACAUAAGACAACAUUUCUGUCCUUAGAAUCAAGCCACAGGUUCAGCUUGUUUUCCUUGCCUACGUUAUAAAACAAAGUUUCUAACUUAGAUUUAUUUCGAAUAAAAAUUGAGAUGUUUUUGUUAAUGUCCUUCUACUUAUUUUAUGGCUCUUUCGACUAAUGAGUUUGCCAACCACUGCACUAACAUAAUGAAGUUCUCACGACAUUAAAUGUUCAUAUUUUAUAUGUUCAUGUAUAUAACUGAAAGCUUUAAAAAUAUUAUGUUCUUAUUAAUUUUUUUUAAUGGUUUCGAUUGCUAUUUUUUUUCCUCGCAAUGCUGUCGUGUACGCCCUCUUGUGUAUAACUUACGUUUACGGCUAUUUAUAAGGGGCGUAGCGAGACGUUUGGACGCCCGAGGGUACUCUGAAUUUGCCGCACCCUCCUUCCUACGCCUCUGUAUUUAUCAACUUGUUAGAUUUACAGUAAUACGAAACGAUGUUCUGAUAUCAGUUUUGAGUUGAUCCAGGGAAUUAAUCUAUACAAUAUCAAACAUCUGCGAUAGAUGAAUACUUUUAGCAUAUUUUUUUUUUAAAUCGUGGUACUAUCGACAAAUAGAUGGGAAGGAAGGAUAAAAAUCUUUUUGUACGAAUUCCAUUCAAUGAAAAAAAUUUUGUAUAGUUUUUAUAUUAUAAAGGUCCAUAUUUUACGACAGAUUUUUAUUAAAUACUCGUAGAUUUGCUUUUGUUUUUUUUUAUAUGAUGAAUACGUUAUAUAUACACUAAAACAAAUGGUCGGCAAAUCACGGCUCGCGAACCGCAUGCGGCUCUUUACCGACCUGAGUGCGGCUCGGCCAUUUGGCUAGAAAUUGGUUUUGACUCAAAAACAUGGUUCUUGAAAAGAAAUUUCGCCCUUAAACUUUUUGUUAAUGUCCCUCUGCUUAUUUUUUGGCUCUUUCGAUUAAUAUGUUUGCCAAUCACUGCACUAACAUAAUGAAGUUCUCACGACAUUAAAUUUUCAAAUAUCUGUGACUAAAAGAUUGCGUAUAUGUAUAAUAUUCCCACUUCGAAGGCUACUUACUUAAAAAGAAUAAAACUAUAUUUAGGUUACAAAAAUGUAUACAGAACAAUGAAUAAGACUUAUCAAAUUGUGCCAAUCGAUUUCUGACACUUUAGACUCAAAUUAAAUAUAUUGUGGUGGAUUUUUUUGUAUAAAAUAAAACGUCACCAUUGUAACUUAACUUGAAACUAAGACAGGGAACAUAAUUUCAGUGCGGAUCAUUCUCUCGUGAUUUAAGAACUCGAAUAUUGACUAGAAUUGUGUGCAUCUCGUGCAGAUAAAAUCAAGCAAUUCACAGGAUGACUUUUCUAAGAUAGAUAUUUAUUACAUAUAUAUUGAUGAAAAAAAUACUAUUCCUGUGUUGUGUUACAAAAUCAAUUAAAAUAUAUAACAAGAACAGAUAAUUUAAUUAUUCCAAAUUGUGACGUAUGAACAUAUGGUAAUAAUAUUAUAUAAAAUAUUCUUUGUAUACGAUUCCAUCUCCAUUAAGUAUAUUUUGUGCAUAUUGGGCGAAAUACAAUUAUAUGGUGUAAGUUUUUGAAAGGUUUUCCAAUUCGAGUUGGAUGUCUUCCUCAUAUGAUAGCCAAGCACGCAAGAAAAAAAGUCACAAAUUCUGAAAAUUCUUGAGCAUGUUUCACUUAAAAUCCUUUAGUACAAUUAAUUUUUUAAUCGAACACUCUCAACUUAUCGCGGAACAAACCUUUUAUGUCAAAAAUGUUUGACUAUUCUACAUUGGUUACUUUUCUCUUCACUGAAAACAACUCCCCUUAAACUGAACACAUUACAAAAUAAACUAUUUUCUUACUAUCCGAUAUUUUUGAUGCUCUUAUUUUGUCCAAGCUUCAAACAGUUCCAAUUUCUACCACAGGUUCAAGCAGUUGAGCUUCAUACAGGGUUAAAGAAACGAGAUGGUAAGUCGGCCAAUGGUAAUACUUCAAGACGCACACCGUCUCUUGCCUUAUGUAUUUAUUGUGUUCAACUUAUUUUGAUAUAAUAGACGAAUACAUUUUUAAAAGAAUGGAUUAAUUUUUUUUUUUUACACAUUCUGCAACACGAAUUUCAUCAAGAGUUUCCAUAUUUGAAAUUAAAAAGGCUUGAACUAAAGCAACAUGUCCUAAAUGUUCAUAAUGGAUUUUUUUCUUCUUUAAAAUUCGACACAAUCAUAAGUCUUUUCUUUAGCCAUUAAUUAAAUUUAUUUCCUUAAGAUUUACUUUAAGGACCGUAAACGAAUGAAAUAGAGGGGGGGGGUCACCUCCCUGUUUUGUUUACAGAGGCUUUUACGCGGCAGAUUGUAGGGCUCGGGUACAUGGCAUCUAUCAGUAGGCCUAGCAAAAUUAGGCAUCAUGGCUCCAUAUGGUCAACUACGACACUGGCGCCAUCCAACACACAUCUAAAAUGAAUUUAUUCCGCCCCUCCCCCUUUCGUAAAUGUUCUUUUAACACAUCUUUAGUAUCACCUUUGGAAACCAUAUAGUCUCAUCAUGAAUGCUAAAUUCAAUUUUUUUUUUUUUAAAUUCAAGUCAUUUUCUUUUAAUGAAUACAAAUCUUUCCAUUCUGUAAUCUCUUUGUAAGCCUGCGCCCUUUGCCUGGUUGUUGUUUAUUUUUCUUACUAUUAUAAAAAGAAUGGAAACAUUUGGGCGCAAACCUGUUCUUAGCUUUGUUUUGUUUUAUUUUACAAAUUAACUUUAAUUUUGUUUCAUGUUUAUUCAAAUAAUUUAUUUGCUUAAACUUCUUUUAUCUGAAUGUUUAUUUUAAAAAUGUUUCACUAACUCCAAACACCAAAAACAAUUAUUUUUUUUAAACAAAAAGUACUGAGUCAUUAUUAAUUUUUUUUUUUAUUAUUAUUUUUUUUUUAAAUAUUUAAAAUUGCCGGCACAUUCUUUCAAUUGAUUUGCAGCAAGCAGCUACGAUGCCUAUUAUGAUUUUAAGACGUCAUCAUUCAAAGAUCACCCCAACGUUGUCAGAGUUGAGAACUUCGAGGGGUCUGCUUGCAGCACAAGAGGUGAGACAUUUUGUUGGGAUAAAUGGCAGCACUAGAGGUGAGACAUUUCUUUGGGAUAAAUGGCAGCACUAGAGGUGAGACAUUUCUUUGGGAUAAAUGGCAGCACUAGAGGUGAGACAUUUCUUUGGGAUAAAUGGCAGCACUAGAGGUGAGACAUUUCUUUGGGAUAACUGGCAGCACUAGAGGUGAGACAUUUCUUUGGGAUAAAUGGCAGCACUAGAGGUGAGACAUUUCUUUGGGAUAAAUGGCAGCACUAGAGGUGAGACAUUUCUUUGGGAUAAAUGGCAGCACUAGAGGUGAGACAUUUUGUUGGGAUAAAUGGCAGCACUAGAGGUGAGACAUUUCUUUGGGAUAAAUGGCAGCACUAGAGGUGAGACAUUUCUUUGGGAUAAAUGGCAGCACUAGAGGUGAGACAUUUCUUUGGGAUAAAUGGCAGCACUAGAGGUGAGACAUUUUGUUGGGGAUAAAUGGGAGCACUAGAGGUGAGACAUUUCUUUGGGAUAAAUGGCAGCACUAGAGGUGAGACAUUUCUUUGGGAUAAAUGGCAGCACUAGAGGUGAGACAUUUUGUUGGGGAUAAAUGGGAGCACUAGAGGUGAGGCAUUUUAUGGGAUAACUGGCAGCACAAAAUAUGUGUUUAUGAGUGACUAUAGCACUAGUAAUAAGAGAAAUUAUUCGGAAAACUAGGGGCACUACAGGCGAAAGUUUAGAGGGUAACUAACUGGUAACUAACCUAUCAGGUGUGUGAAUGCCAACUAACCUAUCACGUGUGUGAAUGCCCCAUGCUUAAGAACACUGGCCAAGAGCGGCACUUUCGGCCUACUCUGUGACAUCUCAUACAAUUUUAUAGCUUCUGUGUUUGCGGUUGGGGGGGGGCUUUCAGUAUCUUUUGUUGUUGUUUUUUUUGUGAGUAGCAGGUGGCGUCAAAGUUUAGGAACACCAUGACUCCUCGGCGUUACAAAAUUCUACCCACUCCACUUUUUAGUAGGAAUGCCGAUACUGCGUGGAGAGAAGCAACGUAAUUAUCACAGCUUCCCUUGUAAAGAAGAUUUUGUGUGGUUACCUUUUAAAAAAAUCUAACAGUAUCUUUUGAUAUGUACGACUGUGCUAUUAUUAGACAAACCUUAACGCUGUCACUCAUAGGCAAACCUUGAAACUAUGAUUUAUUUAUUUUUUUAAACCGUGACGUCAACAUUUUUUAUUCGGAGACCAUCAGCGUAUCACAAUUCUCUUUUACUUAGUCUUUUAACCUGACUGUCGUAUUCUCUCCAUUGUUGGAAUGUGCAAAAUAUGCGUCACAAAACGGUUAACAGAUCUAAUCAUAUUGCGCAGGAGUUCUCAAGAUAACCUUAUCUAAGGACGAUGUCAAUAAGCGACGACUUGUGUUGGACUUUGACUUUGAGAACCCCUCGGAAUGGACGUUCAACCUCGGUGAUUCCAGAACCAACAACGGUUGGGGUAAGGCUGGGUUUCUCAUAUAUUUACUUUGUCUCGUGUGAAGAACAUUUAAAGAUAUGCCGUGCUAGUGAACACAUAUAUCGUUUAAAAAAUGUACUCAUUAAAAACUGUAAAGCAUUUUUAAAGAAUACUAGCCAAUAUACCCGGCAUGGCCUGGGUUUGCUUUAGGAGGUGAAAAUAAGUCAAUUUUACAUUUAGCACGUGACCACAUAGCUCGAUUCAACAAUUCAUUUAUUGAAAACUGUAAAACUUUUGUUUAAUGUAUACUAGCAAAAAUACCCGGCGUGGCACGGGAUUGUAAAAAAAAAAAAAGGGGGGGGGGUUUGAGUAAAUUCUACAUUUUAGAUAACAUCGAAAUAAAUGGACCUGUUAAAAAAACAUCCACUAAGAAAAAAACGUAAUUAUUUUUUUUUUAAUUUUCUCCUUUGAAAACGCGUUUACAAAAUAUGACCACACAUGGAUCCCAUUUCCCUUUCAAGUCCUGAUCCUACUGAAAUCUGUUCAAUGUUAAGACCGCAUUUCCAAGUAUAGAUUUCCGAUUCCGUUUCGUAUCCGGAUGGUAUCACGUUAACGAUGGAUCUCGAUCCCAAUGUGGUCCCGUUUCCGAAUGGAAUCCAAUAUCUAAAUCUUACACAACCUUUGGACUGUUGAGGAAUCAACUGAGACCCUCAAUAUAGCUUGAAAAUGCUCAUCAGUAAGUUUGACCAUGAAUUUACCCUUGUUAAAGUUCAUAAAAGAAAAGAGCUUUUCACACAGAAAGUUUAGCUCAAAAAGUCAUAUGAUCCGCUUGAACAAUCUAAAAAAUCUCAGUUAAAAUGGAGGGCAAAGCUGUCAUAAAUUGUCCAUGCUUGUCUGUUUUUUACAUUCACCCCUGCUCUAAACCAUGCCGAAUGCUCCUGACUUCUCACUGCCCUAUACAAAUGUGUAAAACCGUCUCGGAUUCCCUUAGCAAGCCACGUCUUUGUUGCUUUGUGAAUUAACAGUUUUAAUUAUUAUGUACUAGUACUUUUUCUCUUGUUGCUUUUAUCGUUAUUAUCAUUAGAUUUAAAGUUUCAAAGAACAUCAUUUCACUCAUUUUCAUUUUUAUUCAAGCUGGCGACGCAUCCUCACAGAGCAGAGAUGCAGAAGUUCAAGGCAACACUAACGCUAUCUUGGGACACUUCAGUGACAAUGGUGGCAGUGGCUUGGCUUUCAACAUUCAAGAUCUGUAUAGGUGAGUGAACGAUUCGUGGGUAUGGCAAUUACAAGUAAUAAACCAAUUAAUAGUGUAUGAUCCUGAAGACAUUUGGGGAAAUUUUUACAUGGUAAAAACAUAAUGUUAGCAUUGUAAGUUAUGGGAAGAAGCAAGCUCACAUGUCUAUAAAUUGGCCUUUUGGCUACGAUUUAGUUGAAAUAAUUGCCAGAAUUUUUGAACUACUCACAAAUUAAUAAAAGACUUCAUGAAAUCAUUAGACAAAAAAUGCAACAUUAAGACUAAGGGGCCAUAACAUCAUAAAAUUCUCGAACUUACCUAGAAAAUUAAACAUUUGAAAUUAUUUACCUAUUUUCUCUGAUUUUUUUCCCCAAACUGACUACAAAUAAUAAACAUCAUAUUGUUCUACAUUAUCUGUACAGAAAUCACCUGACCUUAGUAGCCGGAGAUGAGCACCUUGUUUGGAUUGCUGACAACGACCCCACUAAGACGAACUAUUUCUCAAGUCCCGGUUGGUACGCCUUAAACGGACAGUCCGACCACGAGGGACCUGUCAACUAUGACCUUUACCUUGGAAUCAACAGGGUCAUAUCCGGAGGAAACUACGAUGGACGCGUGGGUUCCGGUCUCUGUCGAGUCGGAAUCAAGUUUCUGCCCGCUGUUUAGGCGAUGACUCAUUCCACGAACAUUCUCAAAUAAUGCCUACAGCCUAGAUUACAACACAGUCAUGUUUAAUAAACUAUUUUUAUUUAAAUCGGAUUUAACACUGUUUUGUCAGAGCAUACGAUAUAUAUAUAUAUAUAUAUAU